AUGUCGAACGGUGUACUCCCCCCCAAACCCCCUAGCCUCACACACACGCUCCAUCAAGCCCAGUCCUCCGUGCUCUGCCUAGCAGCAGACGAUCUGCACAUCUUCAGCGGUACACAGGAGAACAACGUCUAUGUAUGGGAUCGGAAGACAUUGCAGAGGGAGACAGUCUUGAAGGGUCAUACUGGCAGCGUGCUCGCCCUCGUCCUAGCAGAAGAAAAGAAAUGGCUCUUUAGCUCGGCAGCGGAUAGCACAGUCAGAAUAUGGUCCACCACCACUCUUACUCCCGUCUAUCUCCUCCUCCCCGUGCUCGACGUCUACUCCGGUGACAUAUUCACCCUCGCGUGGAACGCGUCCCAGUGUACCCUCUACUUCGGAUGCCAGGACACCUCAAUCCAAUACUACAACUUCAACAACUGCAAGCCCCAGUGCGCGUCCAGCACUCCCCCAAAACAGUACCACAAGUUCUUCGACUCCUCCCCGCGGUUUGCGCAUGCCGCGCGGCUGGAAGAAGGGGGCGUGGAGAGCGUAAAGGUCCCCGAGAUCGUGAGGGAAGAGGACUGGCAGGUCCUUCAGGUGCCGAGGGGGAACAUAGUCCCUGCAGCGCAUUAUGGUUAUGUGUACUCUAUGGCGCUCGUAGAGCCCCGGGAGGGGGGGAUGAUGCUCCUCACCGGGAGUGGCGAUGAGGACGUCAAGAUGUGGGACUGUACGCCCACUGGACUCAUCCUCCGCACUACCCUGAACGGAGCCAGCGGAGGUGUUCUCAGCCUUGCAGUGCGCGAAGAUACGGUCUAUGGUGGCUGCCAGAGCGGGUUCAUCAAAGUCUGGGAUCUCGAGACCGGGGCUGUGAUACGGACGAUCACUGCUCAGGAAAACGAGGACGUACUGGCGUUGACGCUGCUUGGCACGGACUUGUAUGCUGCGUCUGCUAACGGUCAGAUUCAGCGGUGGAACGGAUCCUUUGAGCAGACUGCUUCUUGGCACGCUCAUGAAGGCAGCGUCCUUUCUGCGCUCAUCGUUGCACCACGUGCAGAGGUAAUACACGACAAUCGGAGCCAGUAUCAGCUCGUUACCGGAGCGAACGACGCUACCAUGAAGCUGUGGGACAUCGAGAAACCACCCGAACUCAAGCAGUCUCCCUCGUCCAGCUCCAUCUGCAGGACAGGCCCAGAUCCCCGGGCUGACGACCUCGUUGCUGCCUUGACAGACUUUGUUGCGUACCCAUCUGUGAGCAUUGAGGCGCAUCGCGAGGACUGCAGACAGACGGCACUGUUCUUGAAACGCAUCCUGACUCAACUCGGAGCUGAUGCUCACGUACUACCUGGAAGUCCCGGUCGUAAUCCUAUCGUCUCCGCCGUAUUCAAGGGCACACCCAAAGGCACCACACUCAAGCCUCGGAUACUGUUCUACGGACACUACGAUGUCAUAGCUGCUCCUCCCUACGGUUGGGACAGUCCGCCGUUCUCUCUUACCGGGCGAAACGGGUACUUGUAUGGCCGUGGUGUGACGGACGACAAGGGGCCUAUCAUGGCUGCUGCCAUGGGUAUCUCCAAACUACUUGCCAAGAGGUCACUCCACGCAGAUGUCAUCAUGCUCAUUGAAGGCGAGGAAGAAGCGGGCAGCGAGGGGUUCAAGGAUAUGGUACAGAAAAACAAAGACCAAAUAGGACCUAUCGAUGCCAUUCUUGUCAGUAACUCGUACUGGAUCGGUGAGGACACGCCUUGUCUCACCUAUGGUCUGCGUGGUGUCAUACAUGCAGCGCUGGAGAUCGGCAACGAUCAGCCUGAUCUUCAUUCUGGAGUAGACGGAGGAGCGGUGAGAGAGCCUAUGGUCGAUAUGGUGCAACUGCUGUCCACGCUCUCUGCAGGGCCAAGUGUGUUGAUACCUGGCUUCUACGAGAAUGUUCGACCCGCGACAAAGGCCGAGCUGGAUGCGUUCGACACCCUCUCGGACAUCACCGGCAAGCCGGCAUCCAACCUCCGCGCACGCUGGCGAGAGCCUUCUCUAAGUAUUCACAGCCUUGGCGGCUCUGGUCCAGGCAACUCCACCACGAUCCCGCACUCGGUACGCGCGAAAGUAUCAGUUCGUAUCGUCCCCGAUCAGGAGCUGGAGGAGAUCGCCCAGGGGCUCGUGAACCAUCUACAAUCUUCGUUCAAGGCUCUGAACUCGACCAACAAGCUGAAGAUCACUGUGGAUCGCAAGGCGGAUUGGUGGCUUGGGAAAUUGGACGAUAGGUUCUUCCUUGCCCUCGAGAGUGCCAUCGAGCAGGAGUGGGGCGUGCGCCCGCUUAGGAUUCGUGAAGGAGGUUCUAUUCCCUCUCUUCCUUUCCUUGAGAAAGAGUUCGGAUGUCAUGCGCUUCACCUUCCAAUGGGCCAGAGUUCUGAUCAAGCACAUCUUAGGAACGAACGGAUCUCGUUGAAGAACUUACGUAAGGGUCAGGAUGUAGUGGCACGAUUCUUACUCAAUCUCUCAUCGUGA